AUGGCCACUCGUCGUGAGUUUGUCACUGAACUUGCGCGUUCAUCCUGGGCAGCCUACGUCAAGUACAACUGGGGCGACAAUGCACUUGAGCCAGUGAGCGACACCUUUGACCGAAAGUUCAGCGGCAGUCAGAUUGGCCACAAAGGCGGGAGGACGAUAUUCGCCUCACUGAGCACCUUCUUGGUGAUGGGCCUUGAGAAGGAGUUUGCCCAGGGCAAGCAGUGGAUAGUGGGCAACUUUUCCUUUGAGAACACCAACACCUACGCAAACAUCUUUGGUCAUGUGACGCACUACAUCGGCGGACUGCUGUCUGCCUAUGCACUCACCGGUGAUGAACUGUUUCUGAAGAAGGCCGAAAAAUUUGCAGUUCGCAUAGAGUCCGCCUACAACACCUCCACUGGCAUUCCUCGCAGUCUCUUCAAUUUGAAAGACCUCAGCACCAUCAAUCCGUACCCGUCGCUGAGCACCAUCGGUGGCCAGUAUCUGGAGCACGCCUACCUCUCCGACCUGACUGCCAAACCGCAGUACCGGCAGCAGGUGACUCGAAUACGAGAGCAUCUGGAAGCGGCUGCUAAGCCAAAUGGCCUGUACUACGCCCGAAUGAACAUAAACGGUCAGUGGGACGCACAAACUUCAUCGCUGUUUGGCGACUCCGGCGGCCACUACUACCGAAACCUCCUUCUGUCGUACAUUCAGUCGGGACAGUCGGAGCAGAGCAUUGACGCCCUUGAGGCGUAUCGAGACGCAAUUGAGGCCAUGGACCGUGCACAGAUGUUCAAAGAGGAGAGCAACGGCAUCAUUUGG